AUGAAGCUCCUGCAGAACUGCUGGAGCGAGCUGCUGGUCUUUGACCACAUUUUCCGCCAAGUGCAUUAUGGGAAGGAGCACAGCAUCCUGCUGGUGACAGGCCAGGAGGUAAAAGCGCUAGGGUUUGCAGGUUCCACAAUGGCCCUUUUCAGAAAUGCUGCAGCAAAAUGUAGCGUGAAGUGCCACUGCUGCUGCUCAGGAUUCUGGCCACUUCCUUUCCUUUCCCCAUGCCCACCCCCCUUGUCUCAUCUCCCCCACCCUCAAAAGUCGGUCAGCCUUCUUUGCCCACUGGGCAUCUGUUUUUUGGGGGUGAGUGUUGUUGGUGUGCAAGCCCCCCUCCAUAGAGGCUGGCCCCUCUCACUGUCCUCGGAGCUUGCUUACCGGUAACCUCCUCUGGCUGAUAUCCAGACAGACCAGGGAGAUUUUGAUAGGCGACAUUUUCCCAAGAGUGGGUCAGUGCCAUAGGCAAUGGCGGAAUUCCUCUGACUGGAGGAAUUUGCCCCGUGAAAAAUAGGGUCUGACCGCUACGGCGAAGGCGGAGACCCGGGAAAAUCACAGGCGGGAGAAGCCUGUGAACGUGGGACUCGGCGGGCACCUUCUGCGCCUCCCCUACUCGCGGGGAAACCCGAUUUCGGGGUUCCGGAGCGACGUGGGGUGAGUAGCGCCGUGCUUCGAGUCAUCUGCUUCUUCCACGGAGCGAAGCAACAUAGCUGUUGCCGGAGAGUGCUGACUUUUUCCUGUGGACAAUUUGAAUCUAAAGUAAUUACCCGUGAGUAGAGCUGGAACGGGAGAAUUAGACUUUUAAACAUACAAUUUGGCAUCGAAGUGGGGAGGAUCAAAACAGGAAGUCCGCCUUCCCCUUUUUGUAAAUAGACUGAGGCAAAAAGGCUGUAAGCUGAAGCCUUGGAAAGCCUUUCGCAAAAGACUAAAAUUUCAACGGUAAAGAACAUUUGUAUUCUAAUUCAAUUUGUUAGUCCAGCGAUUCCUUUCCCUCCUUUUUAAUCCUGAUCUUUAAUCUUAAUAUAUUAUAACAUUAAAUUUUUAGAUAUUAAAAACCAAUUUUUCCAUAUUCUUUUAUACCCUUACCGCUAGAAACCGCUUAACUUCAAUCCGUCAUCAUUCUAAUAUUCAUUAAUUUUGCAAUAUUUCUGUAAGUAGUCUUUAAAUUUCUUCCAAUCUUCUUCCACCGACUCUUCUCCCUGGUCUCGGAUUCUGCCAGUCAUUUCCGCUAAUUCCAUAUAGUCCAUCAUUUUCAUCUGCCAUUCCUCCAGUGUGGGUAGAUCUUGUGUCUUCCAAUGUUUUGCAAUAAGUAUUCUUGCUGCUGUUGUAGCAUACAUAAAGAAAGUUCUGUCCUUCUUUAACACUGAUUGGCCGACUAUGCCCAGGAGAAAGGCCUCUGGUUUCUUCAAGAAGGUAUAUUUAAAUACCUUUUUAAUUCAUUAUAAAUCAUCUCCCAGAAAACCUUAAUCCUUGGGCACGUCCACCAAAGGUGAAAGAAUGUACUUUCAGUUUCUUUACAUUUCCAACAUUUGUUAUCGGGCAAAUGGUAGAUUUUUGCAAGCUUGACUGGGGUUAUGUACCACCUGUAUAUCAUUUUCAUAAUAUUCUCUCUUAGGGCAUUACAUGCCGUAAACUUCAUACCUGUGGUCCACAACUGUUCCCAGUCAGCCAUCAUUAUAUUAUGUCCAACGUCUUGUGCCCAUUUAAUCAUAGCAGAUUUCACCGUUUCAUCCUGAGUAUUCCAUUUCAACAGCAAGUUAUACAUCUUUGACAAAAUCUUAGUUUUAGGUUCUAACAAUUCUGUUUCUAAUUUUGAUUUUUCCACCUGGAAGCCAAUUUUCUUGUCCAAAUUGUAUGCCUCCAUUAUCUGAUAAUAAUGAAACCAGUCUCGCACUUUGUUUUUUAAUUUUUCAAAACUCUGCAAUUUCAAUCUAUCUCCAUCUUGUUCCAAAAUUUCCCAAUAUUUCGGCCAUUUGACCUCCAUAUUGAGCUUUUUCAGAGCUUUCGCUUCCAUCGGUGACAGCCACCUUGGGGUUUUAUUUUCCAAUAAAUCCUUAUAUCUUAUCCAGACAUUAAACAAUGCUUUCCUGAUAAUAUGGUUUUUAAAUGCUUUAUGUGCUUUGACCUUAUCAUACCACAGAUAUGCAUGCCAUCCAAAUACAUUGUUAAAGCCUUCUAGAUCCAAAAUGUCAGUGUUUUCAAGAAGCAGCCAUUCUUUCAACCAGCAAAAAGCUGCUGAUUCAUAAUAGAGUUUGAGGUCUGGCAGGGCAAAUCCACCUCUUUCCUUUGCAUCUGUUAAUAUUUUGAAUUUUAUUCUGGGCUUCUUGCCCUGCCAGACAAAUCUAGAAAUAUCUCUCUGCCACCUCUUGAAACAGUCCAUUUUGUCCACAAUUUGCAAUGUUUGAAACAAAAACAACAUUCUAGGCAAUACAUUCAUUUUUACCGCAGCAAUACGGCCCAGCAGCGAAAGCUUCAAAUUUGACCAAAUUUCUAAAUCUUUUUCACUUCAGCCCAACAUUUUUCAUAGUUAUCUUUAAAUAAAUUCCCAUUUUUUGCUGUCAUGUUAAUCCCCAGGUAUUUAACUUUCUUAACCACUGUUAAACCUGUCUCAUUCUGAAACCUCUCUCUCUCCAUUGGUGUUAAAUUUUUCUCUAAAACCUUAGUUUUUAACUUAUUCAAUUUAAACCCUGCAACUUGACCAAAUUCUUGGAUCAAUUCUAAAACCCUUUUGGUACUAGAUUCUGGCUCCUGUAACGUCAGUACUAAGUUAUCUGCAAAUGCUCUCAAUUUGUACUGUUUGGCUCCGACCUGUAUACCUUUAACCAACUGGUCCCUUCUAAUCAUGUUCAACAAAACCUCCAGGACCGAAAUAAAAAGCAGUGGGGAAAUUGGGCAACCUUGUCGUGUCCCUUUUUCUAUCUUAAAUUCUUCCGUCACCACAUUAUUUACAAUUAGUUUAGCCUUUUGUUCUGAAUAAAUUGCACUUAUACCGUUUUCAAAGCCUUGGCCUACCCCCAUACCCUUUUAAGUUCUUCUUCAUAAAACUCCAAGAAAUGUUGUCAAAAGCUUUCUCCGCGUCCACAAAUAUCAAAACUGCUUUAGUAUUUAUGUUCACUUCUAGUUUUUCCAAAAUAUCAAUUAUAUUCCUCAAAUUGUCAGACAAGUGUCUUCCCGGGAGAAAGCCCGCUUGGUCUUUAUGAAUCUCUUCCAUCAACACUUUUUUCAGUCUCUUAGCCAAAAUGUCUGCAAAAAUUUUGUAAUCCACAUUAAGUAAUGAUAUGGGGCGGUAGUUCUUAAGCUGCGUCUUUUCAGUCUCUGUUUUCGGUACAAGUGUGAUAUAAGCUUCUUUCCACGACUCUGGUGCCCUUUUCCCCUCCAUUAUUUCAUUACAGACCUCUUUCAAGGGUUGUACUAGCCAUUCUUUCAAGGAUCUGUAAUAUCUAGAAGUCAGUCCAUCCGGUCCUGGAGAUUUACCCAAUUGCAUAUUUUGAAUGGCACCUUCUAUCUCCUGUUCAGUUAUUUUAUAGUUCAACAUUAAUUUAUUUUCUUGAGAGAUUUUUGUAAUCCAUUUGUUUUCAAAAAUCGAUCUAGAUCAGUUUCUUUCAGUGGCCCUUGUGUAUAUAGUUGUUUAAAGUACCUCUGGAAACAAUUUCUAAUCUCAGCUGGGUUCUGUAUAUUCCUUCCUUCCACUUCUAAAUUUGUAACUGUAUUUAAUUUUUGUCUUUUUUUCAUUUGCCAAGCCAACAAUUUCCCACAUUUGUUAGCCGACUCGAAUGUCUUUUGUCUCAUUUGUUUAAUUUUCCAUUCUAUCUCCUGAUUCAUCAUUUUCAUAUAUUGCACUUGAUAUAACUUUAUUUCUCUCAAAAUCUCUUGAGACUUUGGUUUUAUUCUCAAUCUUUUUUCACUUUCCUUUAUUUUCUCCAAUAUUUUAUCCUUCUUCUCAUUUUGGAUUCUCUUCUUUAAUGCAUUCUGUUGUAUCAAGAACCCUCUCAUAACCGCUUUGCUUGCGUCCCAGAUUACUCUUUUUUCCACAUUGGUGCUCAUAUUUAUCUCAAAAUAGUCUCUCAAGGUUUUUUGGGCCUUCUUAAGCACUUCUUCAUCUCUAAAUAAGGUGUCAUUCAUCCUCCAUCUAAAGGAGCCAGUUGGUGUUAGUUUCAUUUCCAUCUUGACAGCAUUAUGGUCGGAGCAGGUUUUUGGGCAGAUUUCCACUUUUCUUGUCUUUGGUGCCAUUCCUCUAGUUACCCAUAUUUGGUCAAUUCUUGUCCAUGUCAUUUUGGCUUCAGAAAAGAAGGUUCCUUCUUUAGCCAUGGGGUUCCUUGUUCUCCAAAUGUCAACUAAGUCCAAGUUGUCUGUCAUCUCAAAAAAAGUUUUCGGUAGUCUACCAUCCUUAGUGACUACCUGUCUUUGUGCCUUGUCCAUAUGUGUAGAUACCACUCCAUUCAUGUCUCCCAUCAAAAUCAUGUUGUAAUCCAAAUAGUCCAUCAGGGUCUCAUGCAACUUCUUAAAAAAUCAGAUUUCCCCUCAUUUGGUGCAUAAAUUCCUACUAUCAAAAAUUUUUCUCCUUGUGUUUGAAUUUCGAUUGCCACAAAUCUUCCUUGGUCAUCUUUAAAAAUAAAUUUCGGUGAUAAUCUGUCCUUUGCAUAAAUCACAACCCCUCUUUUUAACCUUGUCCGAUGAAAUAAACUCCUGACCAAGUCUUUUAUUAAUCAAUAAUUUCCUGUGUAGCCUUGUUAUAUGUGUUUCUUGUAGACAAAUCAAGUCCAAUUGUUCCUUUUUUAAUAAAUGAAACACAGAUCUCCUUUUCUGAGGGGAGUUCAAGCCAUUACAAUUCCAACUUAGUAGUUGCAGAGCCAUGAUGUAGCUACUUUACUUCUCCUCCAACAGCACCCAGUGCCUGUUCCUGUUCUGUCGGUGGUAUCACCUUUUUCAGGCGGUCUUUUAGUUCCAGAGGUAAAUCUGGUGUGUCUAAAGUUUCUCUUACAAGUGCUCUUAGCUCUCCUGUAACUUUCUUCUGCAGGUCUUCUCCGUGGUCUCUCCAAAAUUUGUCUUUGUCGUCUUCUGAUCUUAUUUUUAUCUUCUUUCCUUUAUAGCUAAAGGAUAGGCCUUGGGGGAAUUCCCACCUAAAAAUGAUUCCGUUGCUUCUCAGCAGGGUAACCAAAUCUUUAUAAUUGGACCUAAGGUCCAAAAGAUGUUUCGGAAUAUCCUUGAAUAUCUCCACUUUUGACUGUUGUAUUUCCAAGGUCUUCUGGAAAUGCAGGCUCAAGAUUUUAUCUCUCUCUUCUUUUGUUCGGAGGGUGAUCAAACAGUCUCUCACCCUGUUCUUUCUCCCUCCUUUUCCAAGCCUAAAAGCACUCACUAUCUUGAAACUGUCCUUCCCCAAAUCUGGGUUCCAAAAGUCUGCAAAUUCCUGCGUAAGAAAUUCAAUCAAAUUGUCUUUCUCCACUUCAGGUACAGCCCUGACCCUUAAAUUCACUUGUUUCUCCUUCAACUCGAUCAUAGACAGAAUUGACUUGUGGUCUUCAAGUUGUUUGUGUAACGGUGGUAUCUUCUCUUCUACCACAGUAGCUGUAGCAGUGGCAAUUUCUUUAGCCUCUUCGGCUGUCUUACGUGUCGAAGUGGAUUCCUGUAAUAGUUUCUGAAUAGUUUCUGUAUUAGUAUUUACCUUCUGUCCCAAAUUAUUAAUACUUGUCGUAUUUUGAUUAAUACUUGUCGUAUUUUGAUCAAUUUUACCCGAUGCCUCGGCUACUUGUUUACUUAUUCUUUCCAAAGAUUCAUUAAUUUUAGCUAGUGCCUGAGCCAGGGCAUCGUCAGCUGCCAUACCUUUGGGUUUAGGUUGUGCCGAUGAGGUUGCUGUUGGUAAACCAGGAGGGCCAGAUGUCGAAGCCCUUCUUUGCAGCCCACCGUCUGUGCGAAAUACUCUGCCAGACCUCGUUGCUUGUAACAAAUCUAUCUUCUCUUUCCCAUCUGCCAUAACCCUCAAGAUAUAACCCAAGGCCAGUCUCACGAUCAGAGUCAGAGUUGUUUUGAAGUGGAAAAUUCCCUUAGGAAAUUGAAGUGGAAAAUUCCCUUAAGCCAGCUGCAGUUGUAACAGAUUCAAGCUUCCUCUAGGGGGACACUGUAACAGUCAAAAAUGUCUUAAAGUAAUUAACUUCUCCCUUUAGUCCCCCAAUUCACCGAAAAGACAACAGUUUCUAUCUCAGUCUGUUACUUUAAAACCAGGAGAUACCUGUCAGCAAUAUUGUAACAAAGUUGUAUCUCAGAUGCAGAGUUAACUGUCAAAGAGUACUUUCAGCGACAGCGCAGUUUCCAAUACGGCUUCUUACUGUCACUGGGAACCCGUUCCAGGGUUUUAAGCGGUGGAUUUUGUCUCCUCUUCCUCUCUUUUUUCAGGGAAAUAACGUUCAAACCUUCUCCCCCCUCCUCCCCUGCAAUCAAGGGGGGGAAAUCACAGUUUUGAUGCUCGAAUUAUAAUCCUUUUCCAACGUCUUUUAAAGCUUCCGCUUUCAAGUUCAUUGCUUUACUCCGUUUACAAGAGCGGGAGGCAGACUUCCUGUUUAUACCUCUCCGCUUCGGUGCCGAAUUGUUCAAAAAUUUUGCAAAGUUCCUUUAAUUCAAAAGUUAACCUACUCACGGAUCGUUGUUUCAAAGCCAAAUUGUCCCAGGAAAAAGGCAGCGCUCUCCGGUAACAGCUGCGCGGCUUCACUCCACGGAAGAAGCAGACGACUCACAGCACAGCGCCACUUCCCCGCUCCGCUCCGGAGCCUGUUGCCGGGUUCCUUUGCCGAUUGGGGGGGCGCAAACGGUGCCCGCCGAGUCCGAUGGUCACAGGCUUCACCCGCCUGUGAUUUCUGAAGGGUCCCCGCUGCGCCGAAGCGGUGCAGACCCAAUUUCCGUGGAGCCAGUUCCCUCCAGAUCAGAGGGAAUCCGCCAUUACCAAUGGCGCCACCCCGGAAGUCCUCCCCAGUGAAAGUGUUACCAUUACUACCAACAGAAGAAGAGCAAGCAUUGGGUGCAGUUGGAGGAACAUCAGCAUAAUUACAUGACGGCGUUACAGGUCUUGAGCUGGAAUAUAAAUGGACUGAACUCCCCUGAAAAGAGACGGAAAAUCUUUCAUUUAUUGAAAAAAGAACAUUUGGACUUAAUUUGUCUACAAGAAACACAUGUGAAAAGGCUACACAGGGAAAUAUUGAUCAAUAAAAGACUGGGCCAGGAAUUUAUCUCAUCAGACAAAGUUAAAAAAAGAGGAGUGGUCCUUUAUGCAAAAGAGAGCCUAUCACCGAAAUUCUUAUUUAAAGACGAACAAGGAAGAUUUGUAGCAAUUGAAAUUCAAUCACAAGGAGAGAAAUUUUUGAUUUUAGGUAUAUAUGCACCAAAUGAAGGAAAAACAGAAUUUUUUAAGAAGUUACAUGAGACCUUGAUGGAUUAUAUGGAGUAUAAUAUGAUUUUGAUGGGAGACAUGAAUGGAGUGGUAUCUACAAAUAUGGAUAAGGCACAGAGACAGGUAGUCACCGAAGAUGGCAGACUACCAAAAACCUUUUUUGACAUGACUGAAAAUAUGGACUUAGUUGAUAUUUGGAGAAUGAAGAACCCUCUGGGAAGAGAGGGAACUUUCUUCUCUGAGGCUAAAAUGACAUGGACAAGAAUUGACCAAAUCUGGGUAAUUAGGGGACUGACCCCGAAGAUUAGUAAAGUGGAGCUCUGCCCUAAAACUUGUUCGGAUCACAAUGCGGUGAAGACGGAAAUGAAACUAAUGCUAAGCGGCUCCUUCAGAUGGAGGAUGAAUGAUACUCUGUUUAGGAAUGAAGAGGUGAUCAAGAAGGCCCAAAAAACUCUAAGAGACUAUUUUGAGAUAAAUAUGAAUACUACAGUAGAAAAAAGAGUAAUUUGGGACGCAAGCAAAGCGGUUUUGAGAGGAUUCCUAAUACAACAGAAUGCAAUUAAGAAGAGAAUUCAGAAUGAAAAAAAGGAUAAAAUCCUGGGAAAGAUAGGAGAAGGAGAGAAGAAAUUGAGAGCAAAACCAAAGUCACAGGAGAUUUUGAAAGAAAUAAAGUUAUACCAGGUACAAUAUGCGAAGUUGAUGAAUCAGGAAAUAGAAUGGAAGAUUAAACAGAUGAGGCAAAAGACAUUUGAAUCGGCAAAUAAAUGUGGGAAACUGUUGGCCUGGCAACUGGAAAAAAGACAAAAAUUCAAUACUAUCACGAAUUUGGAAGUGGAAGGAAAAAAUAUACAGAAUCCAGUGGAAAUUAGGAAGUGUUUCCAGAGGUAUUUUAAACAACUCUAUACACAGGAGAAGCAGAAAGAAAUGGACAUUGAUCGAUUUUUGAAAAUAAAUGGACUACAUAAAUUUCUCACAGGAAAAACAACUAAUGUUGAAUUAUAAAAUAACAAACCAGGAGGUGGAAGGGGCUAUCCAGAACAUGCAAUUAGGUAAAUCUCCAGGACCAGGUGGUUUGACUUCAAGAUACUACAGAUCUUUGAAAGAUUGGUUCAUACAACCAUUGAAGGAAGUCUGUAAUGAAAUAUUGGAAGGAAGAAAGGCACCAGAGUCGUGGAAGGAAGCUUACAUUACACUUAUACCGAAAACAGAGACUGAAAAGACGCAGCUUAAAAACUAUCGCCCCAUAUCGCUGUUAAAUGUGGAUUAUAAAAUUUUUGCAGACAUUUUGGCUAAAAGACUAAAAAAGGUGUUAGUAGAAGAAAUCCAUAAAGAUCAAGCGGGCUUUCUCCCGGGCAGACAUAUGUCUGACAAUAUGAGGAAUAUAAUUAAUAUUUUAGAAAAACUUCAAGUGAAUAUUAAUACUAAGGCUGUUUUGAUAUUUGUGGACGCGGAGAAAGCCUUUGACAACGUUUCUUGGAGCUUUAUGAAGAAGAAUCUACAGGGGAUGGGGGUAGGCCAAGGUUUUGAAAAUGGUAUAGGUGCAAUUUACUCAGAACAAAAGGCAAAAUUAAUUGUGAAUAAUGUAGUGACAGAAGAGUUCAAGAUUGAGAAAGGGACACGACAAGGUUGCCCAAUUUCCCCACUGCUUUUUAUAUCGGUCCUUGAGGUUUUGCUAAACAUGAUAAGAAAGGAUCAAGAGAUUAAAGGUAUACAAGUGGGAGUUAAACAGUAUAAAUUGAAAGCAUUUGCUGAUGAUCUAGUAUUGACUCUACAGGAACCAGAAUCUAGCACAAAGAGGGUACUGGAAUUGAUUCAAGAAUUUGGGCAAGUAGCAGGUUUUAAGCUGAACAAGAUAAAAACUAAGGUCUUAGAGAAAAACUUAACUGUAAAUGAGAGAGAAAUUUCAGGAAGAGACAGGAUUAACAUUGGUUAAGAAAGUGAAAUAUUUAGGGGUUAGUAUGACUGCUAAAAAUGUAAAUUUAUUUAAGGAUAAUUAUGAAAAAUGUUGGAUUGAAGUGAAAAAAGAUUUAGAAAUAUGGUCAAAUUUGAAGUUAUCAUUGUUAGGCCGAAUUGCAGUGAUAAAAAUGAAUGUGCUGCCAAGGAUGUUGUUCUUGUUUCAAACAUUACAAAUUUUGGAUAAGAUGGAUUGUUUUAAGAAGUGGCAGAAAGAUAUUUCCAGAUUUGUCUGGCAGGGCAAGAAGCCUCAAAUAAAAUUUAAGAUAUUAACUGAUGCUAAAGAAAGAGGUGGAUUUGCCCUGCCAGAUCUAAAACUCUAUUAUGAAUCAGCUGCUUUUUGUUGGCUGAGAGAAUGGCUGCUACUUGAAGACACUGAUGUGUUGGACCUAGAAGGUUUUAACAACAUAUUUGGUUGGCAUGCAUAUCUGUGGUAUGAUAAGGUGAAAGCACAUAAAGCAUUUAAAAAUCAUAUUGUUAGAAAAGCAUUGUUUAAUGUAUGGAUAAGAUAUAAAGAUUUGUUUUGUUUUUUUAAAAUAAUUUUUAUUAAAGUUUCAAUCAAAAAUUAAACAGCAAAGAAAAAAAAACAUAAAAAAUACACAAAUACACAAUACAAAUCCCAGAAAGAAAAUAAAAAAAAACACAAAGAGCAAGAAUCAACAAUAAAAAGAAACAUAACAAUUAAAAACAAUAUCUCUUUUCCAUUUCCGUUUUUGAAUUUACUUAUUUUCUGGACUUCCUCAUACCUCCCUCUUUUGUAUUCCAAUCCAAAUUGUUUGUCCAGCAAUUUCUUUUCCACUUUUUAAUCCCAAUCUUUAAUUUUAAUAUAAUAUAUAACUUCAACUUCUUUAAACCUAAUCUUUGAUCUUAAUGUAAUAUAACAUUGAAAUUUUACCUCUUAAUUGUCAAAUUUCCAUUUCCUUAAACAUCUUUAAACCUAAUCUUUAAUCUUAGUCUAUCAUUAACUUUAACCUGUACAGCUGGAAACCGCUUAUAAUCAGUCCAACAUCACUCUAACAUUCUUUAAUUUUACAAUGUUUCUGAAGAUAGUCUUUGAAUUUCUUCCAAUCUUCCUCCACCAACUCUUCUCCCUGGUCACGGAUUCUACCAGUCAUUUCUGCCAGUUCCAUAUAGUCCAUUAAUUUCAUCUGCCAUUCCUCCAGCGUGGGAAGUUCUUGUGUCUUCCAAUACUUUGCGAUGAGUAUUCUUGCUGCUGUUGUUGCAUACAUAAAGAAAGUUCUAUCCUUUUUUAACACCAUUUGGCCGACUAUGCCCAGGAGAAAGGCCUCUGGUUUCUUAGGGAAGGUAUAUUUAAAUACCUUUUUUAAUUCAUUAUAUAUCAUUUCCCAGAAAGCCUUAAUCUUUGGGCACGUCCACCAAAGGUGAAAAAAUGUACCUUCAAUUUCUUUACAUUUCCAACAUUUGUUAUCGGGCAAAUGAUAAAUUUUUGCAAGCUUGACUGGGGUUAUGUACCACCUGUAUAUCAUUUUCAUAAUAUUCUCUCUUAAGGCAUUACAUGCCGUAAAUUUCAUACCUGUGGUCCACAACUGUUCCCAGUCAGCAAACAUAAUGUUAUGUCCAACGUCCUGUGCCCAUUUAAUCAUAGCCGAUUUUACCGUUUCAUCCUGAGUAUUCCAUUUCAGCAGCAAGUUAUACAUUCUUGACAAAUUCUUAGUUUUGGGUUCUAACAGUUCUGUUUCUAAUUUGGAUCUUUCCACCUGGAAGCCAAUUUUCUUGUCCAAUUUAAAUGCCUCCAUUAUCUGAAAAUAAUGAAGCCAGUCUCGCACUUUGUUUUUUAAUUUUUCAAAACUCUGCAAUUUCAGUCUAUCUCCGUCUUGUUCCAAAAUUUCCCAAUAUUUCGGCCAUUUGACCUCCAUAUUGACCUUUCUCAAGGCUUUCGCUUCCAUUGGUGACAGCCACCUUGGGGUUUUGUUUUCUAACAAGUCCUUAUAUCUUAUCCAAACAUUAAAUAGCGCUUUCCUGACAAUGUGGUUUCUAAAUGCUUUAUGUGCUUUGACCUUAUCAUACCAUAAAUAUGCAUGCCAUCCAAAUACAUUAUUAAAACCUUCCAAGUCCAAAAUGUCAGUGUUUUCAAGAAGUAGCCAUUCUUUCAACCAGCAGAAGGCUGCUGAUUCAUAGUAAAGUUUGAGGUCUGGCAGGGCAAAUCCGCCUCUUUCCUUUGCAUCCGUUAGAAUUUUAAAUUUUAUUCUGGGCUUCUUGCCCUGCCAGACAAAUUUAGAAAUAUCUUUCUGCCACCUCUUGAAACAAUCCAUUUUGUCAACAAUCUGCAAAGUUUGAAACAAAAACAACAUUCUAGGCAAUACAUUCAUUUUUAUCGCAGCAAUACGGCCUAGCAGUGAAAGCUUCAAAUUUGACCAAAUUUCUAAGUCUUUUUCACUUCAGACCAACAUUUUUCAUAAUUAUCUUUAAAUAAAUUCCCAUUUUUUGCUGUCAUGUUAAUCCCCAGGUAUUUAACUUUCUUAACCACUGUUAAACCUGUCUCAUUCUGAAACCUCUCUCUUUCAAACGGUGUUAAAUUUUUCUCUAAAACCUUGGUUUUUGACUUGUUCAAUUUAAAUCCUGCCACUUGACCAAAUUCUUGAAUCAGUUCUAAAACCCUUUUAGUACUAGAUUCUGGCUCCUGUAACGUCAAUACUAAGUCAUCUGCAAAUGCUCUCAAUUUGUACUGUUUAGUUCCGACCUGUAUACCUUUAACCGACUGGUCCCUUCUAAUCAUAUUCAGCAGAACCUCCAGGACCGAAAUAAAAAGAAGUGGGGAAAUUGGGCAACCUUGUCGUGUCCCUUUUUCAAUUUUAAGUUCUUCCGUCACAACAUUAUUUACAAUUAGUUUAGCCUUUUGUUCUGAAUAAAUUGCACCUAUACCAUUCUCAAAACCCUGGCCUACCCCCAUACCCUGGAGAUUCUUCUUCAUAAAGUUCCAAGAAAUAUUGUCAAAGGCUUUCUCCGCAUCUACAAAUGUCAAAACUGCUUUAGUGUUUAUGUUCACUUCUAAUUUUUCCAAAAUAUCAAUUAUAUUCCUCAAAUUGUCAGACAAAUGUCUUCCUGGGAGAAAGCCCGCUUGGUCUUUAUGAAUCUCUUCUAUCAACACUUUUUUGAAUCUCUUAGCCAAAUAUCUGCAAAAAUUUUGUAAUCCACAUUCAGUAACGAUAUAGGGCGGUAGUUCUUAAGCUGUGUCUUUUCGGUCUCUGUUUUUGGUACAAGUGUAAUAUAUGCUUCUUUCCACGACUCUGGUGCUCUUUCCCCCUCCAUUAUUUCGUUGCAGACCUCUUUCAAAGGUUGAAUUAACCAUUCUUUUAAAGAUCUGUAGUAUCUAGAGGUCAAGCCGUCUGGUCCUGGAGAUUUACCCAGUUGCAUGUUUUGAAUGGCACCUUCUAUUUCCUGUUCAGUUAUUCUAUGAUUCAAAAUUAAUUUGUUUUCUUGAGAUAUUUUUUGUAAUCCAUUUGUUUUCAAAAAUUGGUCUAAGUCUGUUUCUUUCAGUGGCCCUUGAGUGUAUAAUCGUUUAAAGUACCUCUGGAAACAACUUCUGAUCUCUGCAGGGUUCUGUAUGUUUCUUCCUUCCACUUCUAAGUUCGUAAUUGUAUUUAAUUUUUGUCUCUUUUUCAUUUGCCAUGCCAACAGUUUACCACAUUUAUUGGCCGACUCAAAAGUCUUUUGUCUCAUUUGUUUAAUUUUCCAUUCUAUUUCCUGAUUCAUCAUUUUCAUAUAUUGUACUUGGUAUAACUUUAACUCUCUCAAAAUCUCUUGAGAUUUAGGGUUUACUCUCAAUCUUUUUUCACAUUCCUUUAUUUUAUCCAUUAUCUUAUCCUUCUUCUCAUUUUGAGUUCUUUUCUUUAUUGCAUUCUGUUGUAUUAAGAACCCUCUCAUAACCGCUUUACUAGCGUCCCAGAUUACUCUUUUCUCCACGUUAGUACUAAGAUUUAUCUCAAAAUAAUCUCUCACAGUUUUUUGGGCCUUCUUAAGUAGUUCAUCGUCUCUAAAUAAGGUGUCAUUCAUCUUCCAUCUGAAGGAGCCAGUUGGUGUUAGUCUCAUUUCCAUCUUAACAGCAUUAUGGUCGGAGCAAGUUUUUGGGCAGAUUUCCACCUUUCUUGUCUUUGGUGCCAUUCCUCUAGUAAUCCAAAUUUGGUCAAUUCUUGUCCAUGUCAUUUUGGCUUCAGAGAAGAAGGUUCCCUCUUUAGCCAUGGGAUUUCUUAUUCUCCAAAUGUCGACUAAGUCCAAGUUGUCUGUCAUGUCAAAAAAAGUUUUCGGUAGUCUACCAUCCUUGGUGACUACCUGUCUUUGUGCCUUGUCCGUAUAUGUGGAUACCACUCCAUUCAUAUCUCCCAUCAAAAUCAUGUUAUAAUCCAUAUGGUCCAUCAGGAUCUUGUGCAACUUCUUAAAAAAUUCAGAUUUCCCGUCAUUUGGUGCAUAGAUUCCUACUAUCAAAAAUUUUUCUCCUUGUGUUUGAAUUUCAAUUGCCACAAAUCUUCCUUGGUCAUCUUUAAAUACGAAUUUCGGUGAUAAAUUGUCCUUUAUAAAGAUAUAAAGAUUUGUUAGAAAAGAAAACCCCAAGAUGGUUGUCACCAAUGGAAGCGAAGGCACAGAAAAAACUCAAUAUGGAGGCCAAAUGGCCGAAAUACUGGGAAAUUCUGGAACAAGAGGGAGACAGACUAAAAUUGCAGAACUUUGAAAAAUAGAAAAAUAAAGUGCGAGAUUGGCUCCAUUAUUAUCAAAUAAUGGAGGCAUAUAAUUUGGAUAAAAAAGUUGGUUUCCAGGUGGAAAAAUCAAAAUUGGAAACAGAACUGUUAGAUUCCAAAAUCAAGAAUUUGUCAAAAAUGUGUAACUUGCUGUUGAAAUGGAACACCCAGGAUGAAACGGUGAAAUCAGCCAUGAUUAAAUGGGCACAAGAUGUCGGACAUAAUAUAAUGAUGGCUGACUGGGAACAGUUAUGGACCACAGGUAUGAAAUUUACGGCAUGUAAUGCCCUAAGAGAAAACUUAAUGAAAAUGAUUUAUAGGUGGUACAUCACACCAGUCAAGCUUGCAAAAAUUUACCAUUUGCCCGAAAAUAAAUGUUGGAAAUGUAAUGAGAUUGAAGGCACAUUCUUUCACCUUUGGUGGACAUGCCCAAGGAUUAAGACAUUCUGGGAGAUGAUUUAUAAUGAAAUGAAAAAGGUAUUUAAAUAUACCUUUCUGAAGAAACCAGAGGCCUUCCUCCUGGGCAUGGUCGGCCAAUUGGUGCCAAAGAAGGAUAGAACUUUUUUUAUGUAUGCUACAACAGCAGCAAGAAUACUCAUCGCGAAGUAUUGGAAGACACAAGAUUUACCCACCCGGGAAGAAUGGCAGAUGAAGUUGAUGGACUACAUGGAAUUGGCGGAAAUGACUGGCAGAAUCCGAGACCAGGGUGAAGAGUCGGUGGAAGAAGAUUGGAAAAGUUUAAAGACUAUUUACAGAAAUAUUGCAAAAUUAAUGAAUGUUAGAAAAUGUUGGAAUGAAGUUAUAUGGCUUCAGUAGAAAUGUUAUAAGGAAUUAAGUAUAAAUAGAUUAACAGAGAAUUACAGGGAAAAUAAGGUUAAAAUGUGUUAAGAUAAUUAUAGGAUGGAAAGCAGAGGAAGAUGGAAAGGAAUUUCUGAAACAACUAAAUAGAAGUGGAACACAAAAAGGGAGGUGUGAGGAGGUCAUGGAAAUAAGUGAAUGAAAGAUUGAAAUUAUUUGAUGUGUUUUUAAAUUGUUUUUGUCUUGUUUUCUUAGUUUAAACUGCUUUUGUUUUGUUUUCCUAGUUUAAAUUGUGUUUGUUAGUUUAGUGUUAGGUAUUGUUUUUGUAUUGUACUGUUUAUUUUCUUUUUCUAUGUAUGUUCAAUUUGUUGGAAAGUAAUAAAUAUUAUUUUUUUAAAAAAUAAAUAAAUGUGUUUGUGGAAGGAAGGUUAUUGGUUUGUUUGUUUUUUUUAAUGUAUUUUGUGUUCUCCUUUUGUAUUUUUAUGUUGUGAAUUGCCAAGAGAUUUUUAGAUAAAGGAUGAUAUACAAAUGCUGCUGCUGCUGCUGCUGUUAUUAUUAUUACAACUCUUAAUACUCUUUGGAGGAAGCUUCUCAGCUGUUUUCUUUUCCUCCUCCUCCUCGUCCCAGGUGGGUGACCAGAUGAAGCUCCUGCAGAACUGCUGGAGCGAGCUGCUGGUCUUUGACCACAUUUUCCGCCAAGUGCAUUAUGGGAAGGAGCACAGCAUCCUGCUGGUGACAGGCCAGGAGGUAAAAGCGCUAGGGUUUGCAGGUUCCACAAUGGCCCUUUUCAGAAAUGCUGCAGCAAAAUGUAGCGUGAAGUGCCACUGCUGCUGCUCAGGAUUCUGGCCACUUCCUUUCCUUUCCCCAUGCCCACCCCCCUUGUCUCAUCUCCCCCACCCGCAAAAGUCGGUCAGCCUUCUUUGCCCACUGGGCAUCUGUUUUUUUGGGGUGGGUGUUGUUUGUUUGCAAGCCCCCCUCCAUGGAGGCUGGCCCCUCUCACUGUCCUCGGAGCUUGCUUACCGGUAACCUCCUCUGGCUGAUAUCCAGACAGACCAGGGAGAUUUUGAUAGGUGACAUUUUCCCAAGCAUGGGUAAAAUGCACACACCCUCCUCCUGCUUUCGCAGGGGAAAGAAAAGUAGUCAGAAAUCUAUUUACAUGAUGUUUAUUUCUGACAUUACAGCACUACAGAAAAACACGUCCUUUCAGUUCAGUUCUUCUAGCAGGUCUGACAAACUUCCUGUACAUGCGCACAUGACGGUUUCAAAUUACACUCUUCACAGAGACUUUUCCAGCCUGUGAACGUCCUGGGAAAAUCUUCUUUCCCACAGAUAGGCACAUCAUGUGAUGUCAACAGUCUGGCUGUCUGCAGCGGUGAUGUUUCCAUAUACUGACAGGUGUGUGGGCGUUCCCUCUACAUUCUUCUGCCCAAAAUCCCACCACCACCACCAAGCAUGGGUGAGACAGUUUUGGCUACAUAAACAAUAGCACACAUGGAGAGCUGUUAUUACUAUGGGUAUAUAAGAACGAUGAUUUGCCAGGAAUGUACAAAGUGUAAGAGAACACAGUUCCCCUGCCCCCCCCCCACCUCUUGUGGCUUCCAGCAGCUGGUAAUCUGGAACAUUGCUGGACAGGCCUUUCCAAAACAUGGGUGUUGGCGGUCUCCGUGAGCAUGUUGUUGAGAGCUGAGGGGGUGGGGGGCAGUUACUGUUCAUCUGUGUUUAUGUCCAGAGGAGUUCAGGGACCGCCUCGGAUGUGGUCAGCCAUUGGAGAUUGCAGGAGAUUCCAGCCCUGCCUAUUGCCCAGAGGAACUGUGCACAACAUCUGACCUUGACACAAUAUAUGCAGGGAAAUGUGGGAGUGCAGUCUGCAGAGGAGCCAGGUUUGGCUUGUCUGGUACCUGCUUCUGAUCCCCGCCCCCAAAGACCCCUUCUUUCUGCUCAGAAGUUGAUUUGCACCAGUUCAGGCAGCCUUGCCUCCUCCCCUCCUGCACAUGGCAGUGGAGCAGGGCCGUCUGUGUGGGUAUGAGCAACACCUUGCCCCCCACAACCUCUCCUACAAAUAGUUGCACCAGCAGUGGUUGAGGGUGGUAUUGGCUGCAUCUGCUAGGCCUGCAAGGUUGCACACCAGCCCUGGGGCGGCAGGGGUCAAGCAGUGACCUUUUCUGCACUGGGAAGCUGCUUUUAGUGCUGAAGUCUCAGGCUCUUGGUCUGUCCGGCCCACAGUUGCCUACACUGACUGGCAGCAGCUGCUGCUCUUUGGGGUCUCAGGCUUGCGGUUUUAUCCCAGCCUCUACCCAUAGAAUGCCAUUUGGCAACUGAACCCAGCAACUGAAAUGCAGAGCUUCUGCCUGUUCUGUGGAAGUGCUCAGAGCUGCAGUUCUCUGAGGAAAAUGACACCAGCAGCAGUAACCUUUCUGACAUUUGCCAAAACUGUUGUCCAGGCUCCUUUGAGAAAAAAGGUUCAGAAAAGUUUCCUCCUUUUGGCAAAUGCUGUGUUUGCCCAUUUCAUGCCUAAAACCUGCUCGGGAUUCUGUACCUGAAUUGUGCAACCUGAAUGCAAAUCAAGCCUCUUUAUUUUGCAUAAAUCGAGCCGUGAGGCUGGAUGAGGCCGGUGGCCCACCUAGUCCAGCCUCCUGUUCCCACAUUGGCCAGUCAGGUGCCCCUGUGGAAAACCCACAAGCAGGGCUUGAGCACAUAAACACUCUUCCCUCCUGCCAGAGCUAUAGCUAGGUGAUUUUGCUCCCCUGGCAGAACUGUCCAGAUUGUGCCCCCUAGCCACGGACAAAUUAGCUCUUUUUUCCACCUCUCCUCCACCCCCCCAUUCAAUUCACCCUCUAUUCUUAUGAGGCAAUAAUCAGUAUUUAUAUUUAUGGACAUAUUUUAGCCGAUUUUGCGCCCCCCCCAAUCACCUGCACCCCUGGUGGGGGCCCACUUCAUCACCCCCUAGUUACGUACCUGCCUCCCAUCAGCCAGUUAUGACCCAGCCACAGAGUGACACAGCUGUGAAACCAUUUCAUGCUACAUUCUGUAUGACAUCCCUCUAGGGACUCUUCCUGUAGUGGUCAAGAGACCAGGGUAAGUCAGAACCGCUAGCUAAAGGUUGUAUCUUGAGCAAUAAUGGAAAUUAAGAACUGGUCUAGACACGUGCAACUCUUCUAGAUCCUUGAUCUUGAACUCAAAUCACGAGCUCCAUAAACAGGCAAGAGAACACUGCAGGUUUGGCUGCUUCAGAUUUAACACACUCAAAAGAUUCUAAAUACCACCAAUUCCCUGCCUUGUCCCUUAGCCACAUGGUGCAAAGCAACAGGAACUGCAGCCUUCCCCAUUCCCAAAGAGAGCAGGGUUUCAAGCCCUGGAACUGAGCAAUGGCAGCAAACAGGCUUCUCUCCACACAACUGGAAUGCAGAGGCACCUCUGCUUCUGA